AUGCAAUCAUUGGACAGCCCUGGAUGGAAAUGGGAUUGUAUUUCAAUGGACUUUGUGACUUGCCUCCCAAAGUCAAAGAGUGGAAAUGACACCAUUUGGGUAGUAGUGGAUAAACUUACAAAAUCUGCAGUGUUUAUACAAAUGAAGGAGACCUGGGAGAUGGAACAACUUGAAAAAGCUUACAUAAAAAAUGUGGUGAGAUUACAUGGAUUUCCAAAAGAUAUUGUGUCUGACAGAGAUUCUAGGUUUCUUUCAAGCUACCAUGCAAGCAUUGGCAUGACUCCAUUUGAGGCAUUAUAUGGAAGGAAGUGUCGUAGUCCAAUUUGUUGGAACGACAUAAGUGAAACAAUGAUUUUAGGGCCUCAAAUGAUCGAGAAUACAGUUAAGAAGGUAAGGGAGAUUCAAGCGGCGCAAGAUCUCCAAAAAUGCUACGCGGACUUAAAGCGUAGGGAGGAGGAAUUUGCGGUCGGUGACAAAGUAUUGUUAAAGGUGUCACCAAUGAAAGGUGUAAUGAGAUUUGGAAAGAAAGGAAAGCUUAGCCCAAAGUAUAUUAGUCCAUAUGAAUUAAGAAGGUAUAUCCUUGAUAAGUCACAUGUGCUACAACCUGAAACCAAGAAGUUAGAUCAAAGUUUAACUUAUGAGGAAAGACCUGUCAAGAUCCUUGACAGUAAAGUGCGUAGUACACGCAAUAAGGAAGUUAAGAUUGUUAAAGUGCUAUGGUCUAACCAAGAGUAUGAAGAAGCAACUUGGGAAGCUGAGGAUGAGAUGAAAAAUAAAUAUCCCGAGUUGUUUAAGGUAUGGUGA